AUGUCGCCCUCCGGUCGCCUGUACCUCCUCACCAUUGUGGGCCUGGUUCUCCCGGCCAGAGGACAGAAAUUGGAGGAGGCCACAUCCAUUUCUCUAGCAGACUCAACCACUGUGAACAUUCAUGCCCUGACUCAAACCCCAGACGCAGUUCAUCCAGAAUUCCAGUCCACCCCUCAGACUUCAACCCUGCAGGCUGGUGUAGAAACAUCGAACCAGAUGACCCAGACCCAGCAACUGAAGGGAGAGACUGUGCCUCUUACCACAGACCCGGGGACGGAUGAGAGCAGCACGGAAGCUGAUCCCAUCAAAGGCACCACACUCUCCAAGCAGUCUCCAGACAAAGACUUCACGGCAGACCCUGCCCGCCAGUCCUCUGAUUCAAGUGAGGACGAUCCCUUCUCCUAUGAUGUGUACACUCUCCGGAAACGGGGGCUGUUGGUUGCAGCUGUGCUGUUCAUCACAGGCAUUGUGAUCCUCACCAGUGGCAAGUGUAGGCAGUUGCCCCGAUUAUGCCGGAAUCAUAACAGAGCCUACAGAGUCACAAAAGCCCAACCUGAGAGGGAAGACCCAGAUGGAGCCAGAGCCGAUGGCCGGAACCCCCUACCUUCCCAACCCUGA